AUCGCACUUCACACCUGCCGCGACUGCACAGAGGAAGAAAAGUUGCACGAAAAUCGAACCCGGAACAGGAAAGCUUCGCCAAAAGAAAACACAACAACAAAGGCGACCGAGAGCAGUUUCUGCAAUCACGAAAACAAAUCCACCGAUAAAAAAAUCUCCGAAACAAACACGAUGCAGAGACAAAUCGCCAUCGUCUCGCUGCUGCUCAGCGUUGCAGUCGUAUUCAUGUUAUCCGCAUCGGCACCAAUGGCAGACGCUGCUCCCUACACUCCGUCAAAUUACUACAAUCAGCUGGAAGAAGAAGAUCCCGAAGUGAUGCUCGAAAUGUUGGCGCGUCUUGGACAGAGCUUGAUCCGCACCCACGAGCUUGAGAACUCGAAACGCGGUCUGGACUUGGGACUGAGCCGAGGAUUCAGCGGAUCUCAAGCCGCCAAACAUCUGAUGGGAUUGGCAGCCGCCAAUUACGCCGGUGGACCAGGCAGGAGGCGCCGUUCCGAACAAGCGUAGAGUCGCCAAUGAUUUGUUCACUAAUUACGUUAAUUGUCACCGAGGUUUCGGCUCAGUUGAGUUGUUUAGAAAAUUGCUCGUUUCGCCUGUAUUUUUUCUUUGAUUCGUUUUUUUUUUUUGUAAUUUUAAUUCGUUUCAUUUUUGUCGUGUUACUGUUUCCAAUUCCUUCUACCUUCUCUCCCGCGACCCAGUAGCUAAUUAUUGUAUUAUUCGAACCGCCCACGUACCGCCUCGCUCAAACCCUCAAUCAGUUGUAUUUCAUUCCUCGAUUUAUACGCCUGUACUUGUAGGUGUAAGGCAGAGUCGCGAUUACACGCGGUAAUUAUAGCUUCGUUACUAUAUUCAGACGGUUCGAUUACGCGAUGGAUGGAAAAUAGCCCGGAUUACGAGCGAAACAGUUCCGCCGGUUCCCACGUUUGUUUUCUUUUCUUUCAUUUCUCACCCGGAAAUACAGAGGGUGGAAUUAUGAGGGGGCGUAAACAGGAAGUAAAAGACGCCGCGGUGAAUUCGGUCAACGACGAGAUCUGACAGAUUGAUUUCGGUUUACGUAACUGCAGUGCGAAAUAAAUCGAUGACCAUUCGGCCGUCUGCGAUGGUUGUUAUCCACGCAUCGGUUGUUCAACACCUUUACCGAUCAUUGAAUUCGGAACUAGACUAGGGGUGGAAAACAAGCGUUUUGGAAAGCGGUAGAACAUUUCUGAAAUUACUGGAAACAGUGUUUCGAUUUUUUUCUAACCACGCGUAGAACGUCCAACUCUAAUAUAAAUUUUGACAUAUGUAACUGCGAAUAGAGAGGCUUGUAACGCCUAUUAAUUAUUUAUUUAUCAAUGGUUUCUGAUCGU